AUGGUUCUCUCCACCGGAAUUGCCAUUAUUUGCAACGUUGCGUUCACGCUCGCAGCAUUGUUCAGUACUUCAUCGAUUGCCGACGUUUCAGCCUCCUCAUUCCCGAUUUAUGAAAUUGGCAGAGAAGCUAUUGGAUCCGAUGGCGCAGUCUUAUUUCUCCUGAUAUGGCUCACUUUUACAUUCUAUAGCACCAUCCCAGGGGUUCUACUCACCACUGGCAGACUUGUAUGGGCCUUCUCAAGAGAUAACGGUCUACCUUGGUCAUCUUACUUCAACCGUAUCAGUGAGAGAUACAAGGUUCCGGUCCAGGCUCACCUUAUCAGCUGUGUCUUUUGCAUUCUCUAUGGCCUGAUCUAUAUCGGAAGUACGGCCGGGUUUAACGCCAUUUUAUCCACAACCAUCGUCUUCGCUCUCCUAUCGUAUUCAGUACCACAGGCGCUUCUUCUGAUAUCAGGUCGGAGCCUCCUUCCGGAACGACACUUCAAGCUCAGAAAGUCCAUCGGUACAUUUGUCAAUUUGUUCUCAGUGGUCUGGACCCUAGCAUACUGCAUCUUGCUUGCCUUUCCAUUAUCUUUACCCACCUCACCCAUGUCAAUGAGCUACGUCUCUGUCGUUCUUGUUGGUAAAAAGCGCAGAACUUUCAAGGGGCCUAUUAUUCGAAUGGAUAUUCUUCAAGGGGUCAACAGGGCAAUAGUGGAUUCAGACAACUUGAAAGCGGAUAUCAACCUUGGAAAGGAUUAA